AUGGAAACGGAUAAAAGUGAAGCGGUAGGUAACGAACCAAAAUGCGAAGACCAAAAUCAGGAAGAUGAUGAUAUGGUAUCCAACGUGGAGCACGAUGACCUUUCGGAGACGGAAGAAAGUGAAGAGGAGCCUAAAGAACAAGGACAAGAGGAGCGCGAGUUGAAUGAUGGAGAGCUGGGUCGCAACAAUAUUCCCGAUGAU